CUCUCUGUCUGUCUCUCUCGGUGCUUCAGUUUCGUUGUCUCUUAAGGGAGUUGCAGUUCUCAUCUGUAGCUCCACAGUACCUUGUCUCCUCCAGGGCUCCAGACAGUUCUCCAACCAGACAUGAACCAACCCCCUCCCCAGACACAACCUACAAUCACCCCUGGUGUAACCCAGGUGGUGGUGAUGCAGCAGCCGCUGCCAAGAGACGUACCCGGCCAGAUGACGUGUCCCCACUGUCAGGUCCAGGUUCUGACAGAGACCACACACACCACUGGACUGGUCACCUGGCUCAUCUGUGGAGCCCUCUGCUGCUUCAUGUGCUGGCCAUGCUGUUUGAUUCCGUUCUGUGUUGACUCUUGUCAGGACGUAGAACACCGCUGCCCCAACUGCAAGAGAGUGAUCCACAUCCACAAACGCAUGUGAACAGACCAAGAUGAGACACCUGCCACAAAGUGAUCCAUAUCUGCAAACCUACUGUAUAUAUGAACAGACCUAGCCACAGCCUACUGACAGUUCAGUGCGUAAUCCACAUCAGAAAGACAAUAGUCUACUGUCUCUCUGAAAUGACUGCAGCAGGGCAGCUUCCUCUACUGUCUCUCUGAAAUGACCACAGCAGGACAGCUUCCUCUACUGUCUCUCUGAAAUUACCACAGCAGGGCAGCUUCCUCUACUGUCUCUCUGAAAUUACUACAGAGGGGCAUCUUUCUCUACUGUCUCUCUGAAAUGACCACAGCAGGACAGCUUCCUCUACUGUCUCUCUGAAAUGACCACAGCAGGACAGCUUCCUCUACUGUCUCUCUGAAAUGACCACAGCAGGGCAGC